GUGCUUUGGAUCGAGGAAGGGACAAAGUGUGUCAGCUGAGAUGCGGACACGGUUUCGGCGGGAGGUCAGCAAUAGCAAGAAAGGCUCUGCAGGCAAGCAAGCUCGCGGCUGGACGGGCGCCCACAGAGCGAAAGACCUGCCGCAAACGCUCUAUCUGUCGACUGCAAGAACGCAAUACUUGUGCACUGUAGGAUACUAGGUACCGCCCUGAUUCAGUGGUGCAUAUCAUUGCCAGUCUGUGUUUGUUGAACCAGUUAAAGACAAACGACCUACAGUAGGGACUAUUUUGCCGGCACCUUGAGAAGGGAGACAUAAAGAUGAGGGCUUCAUGUUCGAACGCACCAUUUUGGCCGAUUCCAUUGCUGCUUUACAGGUUGCGCCUCGGUUAAUCAAAAUGUCCUUAUUUGCGAGGCUCAGACAACUUCCAAGAACACGCCAACAAUAUGCCAAUGCUUCUAGCUCUACGACUAGUACUGGCACCGGGACACUUGUAAGGCAGACAAAGAGUCGAUAGCGGAUGUCCCAAGACUCUCUCAGCCUUGAAGCCAAUGACAGAGUAGCGUCGAGACGAAGAUUGAUCGGCUCUGCAUAGCCACCUGGCCAGUGUUGGCACAAACACAUCAAACCAUCCAAACCGGCUUCGGUUACCGUUUCUUUCUUCCAUCCGUCCUUGUCCCUGUGACCAUAGACCCGCAGUAUUGGCGUCUUGUCGGGGUCAAUUAGACUUCUUCUAGAAGCCGAUGCUGUACCACGCCCUGCGUCCGACUGCUAUUUCAACCAUUCUCGGACUCCACUUCCCGGGCCGUUGGCACGUUGUUGCACAAGUCCUGCAGUGUAAGAUAUGGCUGCGAUUUCAGCCUCACGAGGUCGAGAGGUCGGAAUUGUGUGGUCCUCCCUUGCAAAUCAUCUCAUCAUCAGUAUCUGCUUGCUUGAGUGGGCGCGGCUCCUCUGUCGUCGCCAAUUUGGUUCGCAUGGCAAUAUCGGCACAAGGCAUUGACUCUACUGCGCGAUAGCACUGACUAGCAUGCCACAGCCUUCCUGGGCGGAAUCCCACGAGAGCCUCGGGCUGUUCUAUCAUGCACGGGAUUUCUUUCUUACAUCCGGUAGGUUCAAGCACAGUCAUAUCAAUGGUCCUCAGUAUCUUGGACAGGAAGGAUAUAUUUGUCUCGCGUCCUCAGCCUGAAACUCCUACGUCUUCUUCCUCCCGCCAGCGAUCAACCACUACAGCGGCACUACUCCGGCCAACUGUCCUGUAAGAACUCAACAGCCUUAUCAUUUCUCACUUGUUUCAUCCCGUCUACUCAAGUUCACAAGCAAAGACCCUUGUCCCCCUUUUCUGUCGUCAAGCAUCGGUGUUCGUCCCGCCUGAACACAACUUCGUUCGUUUUGUGCCAACCGCUGUUACUUGCCCAGCAUGUGGUAUCAAAUUUCCAACCCCAACGAAUACCUCGUCCUUACGGGCGCCGGAAUUCAAGAUGUGCGGAUCGUCAAGAAAGCACUGGUCUAUCCAUGGCAACGCGUGGCUCGCAUCUCGGUGUCGCCGUUCGACUUCUCACUCAACCUGCAAGCCAUGACAAUCGAAAAACUCCAGUUUGCAUUACCCGCCGUCUUCACCAUCGGACCGGACAAUGAGCCGGAAGCGCUGAAGAAGUACGCACUCCUGCUGAGCGGAAACCCUGACGGGUCGUCGCCGAACCCGAAGAGGGACGGCUUGACCAUUACGCCGACGCAGCGGAGCCAUGUCCAGGACAUCGUCAAAGGCAUCAUUGAGGGUGAGACUCGAGUGAUUGUGUCGAGCAUGACCAUGGAGGAAAUCUUCAAAGAGCGACAAAUGUUUAAGGAGAAAGUGAUUGGAAACGUCCAAAAAGAACUUGACCAAUUCGGCUUGAGGAUCUACAACGCAAACGUCAAGGAACUGCAAGACACGCCAGGGUCCGAAUACUUUGCAUUCCUGUCGCGCAAGGCCCACGAAGGCGCAUCGAACCAAGCGCGGAUCGACGUGGCCGAGGCCCGGAUGCGCGGCGAGAUCGGCGAGGCAUCAAAGAAGGGCCAUACAAAACAAGAGAUCUCCAAGAUCGAGGCCGAGACGGCCGUCCUAGAGACGAAGCGCAAAGCAGACAAGGCCCAGGCGGACGCGGAGCUGACCAACCGACAAACCGAGCUGGACAUGGGGAUCCAGAUGGCGCAGAUCAAGGCACGGCGAGCUGCCGAGGCGCGUGACGCCGAGCUGCAGCGGGAAGUCGAGACCAAGAAAGCCGCCACGGAGCUCGAGCGACUCAGAGCCAAAGAUCUCGUGCGCGCGCAGAUUGCCAAAGAAACGGCCCAGCAGGACGCCGACGCCCACUUCUACCGCGAGUCCAAGAAGGCCGACGCCGAGGCCUACAGCGAGAAACAGGACGCCGAGGCCCAGCUGUACAAGCAGCAGCGCCAGAUCCAAGCCAACGUCGAGCGUCAGAUCAAGGAGGCCGACGCAAUGUACCACGCCCGCAUGCGCGAGGCUGAGGCGACCCAGGCCCAAGCCACCGCCUACAAGGCUCUCGCCGAGGCCUUUGGUGGUCCCCAGGGUUUGUUGUCUUACAUCAUGCUCAAGGAGAAUGUCUAUGAGAAACUCGCCCUCGCAAACGCAACCGCCCUCCAGGGCUUACAGCCGAAGAUUACGGUCUGGAACACCGAAAAUGGUGGUGCCGGUGGUGCCGGUGGUGCAGCUGCUGCCGAUGGACCUAUGGGGCCUAUCAAGAAUAUCUUGCAGUCGCUGCCGCCUUUGUUUACCACCAUCCAGGACCAGACUGGCAUUGCUCCGCCAAGCUGGAUGCUGCAGAUGCCGCCUCUCAAGGGUGACGAUGCCCCUGCAAAACUCAACGGCGGUCUCGCUCUCGAUGAGAAGGCUUGAUGAACGUGGCCCGGUGAGGAGUCUUGACAUAACGACUAUUGCUGUGUCAAAGGUGGUGGUGAUGAUGGAGGGAUUGAAGGAGGGCGGGGAGGGGCUGCUGCUGCUGUUGCUGCUUGCUUCCUUUCCUGAUCAUAUUUCCUAUGUUUGUUGGUGUCUGCUUGUGCAUUCUUGGCAUCAAUAUAUCUAUCGGUCUGUUCUGUUCAUGGGGCUUGGCUCGUCUGGGAGUGAGUGCUAUGUCUGCCCAUUUUGUGAACUGUGUUGCUGGUCGGUUUGAUUUUGGCUUCCUGUUUCAUCAGCUCCGGCGUUUGUCCCUUUUCUGUUUUUGCAUCAUUCAACAUGCAGUGCCAGUGUGGGAGCACCGGCCAAACAUGAUACCAUUCGUUUAUACCUUGGUGCACUGUACAAACAGUAAUAUAUACAUAUGUGUUGGAGACACUCUCAAAAACACUGCGUUUUGUGGCGAA